AGACUUUUGGCUCUUUCUGCUCCGCCCUUCCGUAACGUGUUUCGAGCUCGCGUUCUGAGAGGCUCUCGCUCACCCUCAGCGGCCGGUUUCCGUGGCAACGGAAAAGCGCGGGAAUUUCAGAUAAAUUGAAACUGCGACUGCGCAGCGUAAGCUGGCCGAGCUCUCCGGACCCAGGACUGUCCGGGAGGCCUUUCAGAUAACUGAGUCCCUAGGCCGGGAAAGCCCAGACUCUGAUCUGAGUAAAGUUCAUUGUAAUAGGAAGAGAUGAAUUUAUGUGUGGAUCGCGUUGAAGAAGUACAAAAUGUCCUUAAUGCUAUGCAGAAAAUCUUAGAGUGCCCAAUCUGCCUGGAGUUAAUCAAAGAGCCUGUUUCCACAAAAUGUGACCACAUAUUUUGCAAAUUUUGCAUGCUGAAACUUCUCAACCAGAAGAAAGGGCCUUCACAGUGUCCUUUGUGUAAGAAUGAUAUAACCAAAAGAAGCCUACAAGAAAGUACAAGAUUUAGUCAACUUGUUGAAGAGCUAUUGAAAAUUAUUCAUGCUUUUGAGCUUGACACAGGAUUGCAGUUUGCAAACAGUUAUAACUUUUCAAAAAAAGGAAAUAACAGUCCUGAGCAUAUGAAGGAGGAAGUUUCUAUGAUCCAGAGUUUGGGCUUCCGAAACCGUGCCUUAAGACUUCGACAGAGUGAACCUGAAAAUCCUACCUUGCAGGAAACCAGUCUUAGUGUCCAACUCUCUAACCUUGGAAUUGUGAGAUCACUGAAGACAAAGCAGCAGGUACAAUCUAAGAAAAAGUCUGUCUACAUUGAAUUGGGAUCUGAUUCUUCUGAAGAUGCAGUUAACAAGGCAAGUUAUUACAGGUUCCCUGACCGGGACCAGAACAAAUUGCAACCCAGUGUGGGGGAUCAUGAAUUGUUAGAAAUCACCCCUCCAGAAGCCAGGACUGAAGCCACUUUGAAUCCUGCAAAAAGGGCUGCUUAUGAGUUUUCUGAGGACAUAAUAAAUAUUGAACAUCAUCAAUCUAGUAAUAAAGAUUUGACCACCAUGGAGAAGCAUGCAACUGAGAAGCAUAUAGAAAAGUAUCAGGGUAUUUCUGUUUCAAACUUGCAUGUGGAGCCAUGCGGCACAGAUACUCAUGCCAGAUCGUUGUUACAGCAUGAGAACAGCAGUUUACUACUCACUAAAGACAGAAUGAAUGUAGAAAAGGCUGAAUUCUGUAAUAAAAGCAAGCAGCUUGGCUUAGCAAGGAGCCAGCAGAGCAGAUGGGCUGAAAGUAAAGAAACAUGUAAUGAUAGGCAGAAUCCCAGAACAGAGAAAAGGGUAGUUCUGAAUGCUGAUCCUCUGAAUGAGAGAAAAGAACCUCCAUGCUCUGACCAUCCUAGAGAUUCCCAAGAUUUUCCUUGGAUAACACGGAAUAGUAGCAUACAGAAAGUUAAUGAGUGGUUUUCCAGACGUGAUGAAAUAUUAACUUCUGAUGGCUCACAUAAUGGGACAUCUGAGUCAAAUGUUGAAGUAGCUGGUGCAGUAGAAGUUCCAAAUGAAGGAGAUGGAUAUUUUGGUUCUUCAGAGAAAAUAACCUUAAUGGCCCGUGAUCCUCAUGGUGCUUUAAUCUGUGAAAGUGAAAGAGUCCACUCCAAACCAGUAGAAAGUAAUAUUGAAGAUAAAAUAUUUGGGAAAACCUAUCGGAGGAAGGCAAGCCUCCCUAACUUGAGCCACAUAACUGAAAAUCUAAUUAUUGGAGCAUCUGCUAUAGAGCCUCAGAUAACACAAGAGUGUCCCCUCACAAAUAAACUAAAGCGUAAAAGGAGGAGUACAUCAGGCCUUCAUCCUGAGGAUUUUAUCAAGAAAGUAGAUUUAGCAGUUGUUGAAGAGACUCCUGAAAAGAUAAUUGAGGGAACAGACCAAGUAGAGCAGAGUGGUCAUGUGGUGAAUAUUACUAAUAAUCAUCCUGACAAUGAAACAAAAGGUGAUUAUGUUCAGAAAGAGAAAAAUGCUAACCCAACAGAAUCAGUGGAAAAAGAAUCUGCUUUCACAACUAAAGCCAAACCUAUAAGCAGCAGCGUAAGCAGUAUGGAACUAGAAUUAAAUACCCACAGCUCAAAAGCACCUAGGAAGAACAGGCUGAAGAGGAAGUCCUCUACCAGGCAUAUCUAUGCACUUGAACUAGUAGUCAAUAGAAAUCUAAGCCCACCUGGUCAUACUGAACUACAAAUUGAUAGUUGUUCUAGCAGUGAAGAGAUGAAGGAAAAAAAUUCUGACCAAGUACCAGUCAGACACAGCCAAAAGUGCCAACUCAUGGAAGGUAAAGAAUCUGCAACUGGAGCCAGGAAGAGUAACAAGUCAAAUGAACAAAUAAAUAAAAAACUUGCUAAUGAUGCUUUUCCAGAACUGAAUUUAACAAACAUACCUGGUUUUUUCACUAAUGGUUCGAGUACUAGUAAACUUCAAGAGUCAGUCAAUCCUGACCCUCAAAGAGAAGAACUAGAAGGGGAUGUGGGAACAAUUCAGAUGCCUAAUGGUGCCAAAGACUCGUUGCUAAGUGGGGGAAGAAGUUUGCAAACUGAUGGAUCUAUGGAGAGUACCAAUGUUGUAUUGGUACCUGAAACUGAUUAUGGCACACAGGAUAGUGUCUCAUUACUGGAACCUGACACUGCAGGGGAGGCAGAAGCAGCUCCAAAUCAAUGUGCGGGUCUGUGUACAGCAAUUAAAAACCCCAAUGAGCUUAUCUAUGGUUCUAAAGAUACAAAAAAUAACAGAGAGGGCUUUAAGGAUCUGUUGAGAUGUGAAGUUAACCACUCUCAGGAGACAAGCAUAGAAAUGGAAGAGAGUGAACUUGAUACACAAUAUUUACAGAAUACAUUCAAGGUUUCAAAGCGUCAGUCAUUUGCUCUGUUUUCAAAUCCGGAAAAGGAAUGUGCAGCAGACUAUGCCCACUCCAGGUCCUUAAGGAAACAAAGUCCAGAAGUCACUCUUGAUUGUGGACAAAAAGAAGAAAAUCAGGAAGAGGAAGAAUCUAAAAUCAAGCAUGUGCAGGCAGUUCACACAACUGCAGGCUUUCCUGUGGCUUGUGAGAAAGACAAAAAGCCAGGAGAGUAUGCCAAAUAUAGCAUAAAAGGAACCUCUAGGCUUUGUCAGUUAUCUCAGUUCAGAGGCAAUGAAACUGAACUCACUCUUGCAGAUAAACACAGAAUUUCACAAAACCCAUAUCAUGUACCAUCCAUUUCUUCCAUCAGGUCAUUUGUUAAAACUGUAAGUAAGAGAAACCUGUCAGAAGAAAAGUUUGAGGAACAUUCAGUGUCCCCACCUGAAAGAGCAAUGGGAAAUGAGGACAUUCAAAGUACAGUGAGCCCAAUUAGCCUAAAUAACAGAGAGAGUGCUUUUAAAGAUGGCAGCUCAAGUAGUACUAAUGAAGUAGGCUCUAGUAUCAAUGAAGUAGGUUCCAGUGAUGAAAAUAUUCAAGCAGAACUAGAUAGAAAUAGAGGAUCAAAAUUAAAUGCUAUGCUCAGACUAGGUCUCAUGCAGCCUGAAGUCUAUAAGCCAAGCCUUCCUAUAAGUAAUUGUAAACAUCCUGAAAUAAAAUCGCAAGGAGAAAAUGAAGAAGUAGUUCAGGCUGUUAGUGCAUAUUUCUCUCCAUGUCAAAUUUCAGAUAACCUAGAACAACCUAUGGGAAGUAAUUCUGUUUCUCAGGUUUGUUCUGAGACACCAGAUGACUUGUUAAAUGAUGAUGAAAUAAAGGAGAAGAGCAGCUUUGAUGAAAGUGAUGUUAAGGAAAGAUCUGCUGUUUUUAGCAAAAGUGUCCAGAAAGAAGAAUUCAGAAGGAGCCCUAGCCCCUUAGCCAAUACACAUUUGACUCAACAUCACCAAAGGAGGGCCAGAAAAUUAGAGUCCUCAGAAGAGGACAUGUCUAGUGAGGAUGAAGAGCUUCCUUGUUUCCAACACUUACUAUUUGGUAAAGUAACCAAUAUACCUUCUCCAUCUACCAGACAUAAUGCUGUUGCCACACGUCUGUCUAAGGAAACAGAGGAGAACCUAAUAUCAUUAAAGAGUAGCUUAAAUAACUGCAGUAACCAGGUGAUGUCUGCAAAGGCAUCCCAGAAACAUCACCUUAGUGAGGAAGCGAGAUGUUCUAGGAGCUUAUUUUCCUCACAGUACAGUGCAUCAGAAGACUUGACCACUAAUACAAACACCCAGGAUCCUUUCUUGAUGUUUGAGCCUCCUUCCCAGCAAGUGAAGUGUCAGCCUGAAAACCAGGAAGUUCUGAGUGACAAGGAAUUGAUUUCAGAUGAUGAAAGGGAAACUGGCCUCGAAGAGAAUAGUCAAGAAGAGCAGAGUGCCGAUUCAAACUUAGAUGAAGCAGCAUCUGAGUAUGAGAAUGAAACAAACCUCUCUGAAGACUGUUCGGAGCUGUCCUCUCAGAGUGAUAUUUUAACGACUCAGCAGAGGGAUACCAUGCAAGAUAACCUGAUAAAGAUCAAGCAGGAAAUGGACCAACUGAAAGCUGUGUUAGAGCAGCAGGAGAGCCAGCCUUAUGACAAGUCCCCUUCCCUCAUAGCUGAUUCUUGUGCUUCUGAGGAUCUACUAAAUCUGGAACAAAACACAUCAGAAAAAGUAUUAACUUCAGAGAAAAGUAAUGAAUAUCCUAUAAGCCUGAAUCCAGAAAGCCUUUCUGCAGACAAGUUUCAAGAGCCUCUGGAUAGUUCUAGCAGAUACAAAAAUAAAGAGCCAGGAGUGGAAAGAUCUUCUCCUUCUACAUCCCAGUUGUUAGAUGAUAGGUGGUAUGUGCCGAGCCACUCACAGAGCCUUCAGAACAGAAACCGCCCACCUCAAAAGGAGCUCAUUGAGAGUGUUGAUGUAUUGGAGCAACAACCGACCAAGUCUGAGACCCAAGAUUUAAUGGAGCAGUCUUAUUUGCCAAGACAAGAUCUAGAGGGAACCCCUUACCUAGAAUCUGGAGUCAGCCUCUUCUCUGACGACCCAGAGUCUGAUCCCUCUGAAGACAGAGCCCCAGAGCCAGCUCAUGUUUGCAGCAUGCCAACUUCAACCUCUGCAUUGAAAUUACCCCAAUUUCAAGUGGGAGAAUCUGCCAAGAGUCUAGCUGCUGCUCAGACUACUACUGCUGGGUAUAAUGUGAGGGAAGAAAGUGUGAGCGGAAUGAAGCCAGAAGUGAUAUCUUCAACAAAAACAGUCAACAGAAGAAUAUCUAUGGUGGCCUCAGGCUUGACCACAAAAGAAUUUAUGCAUGUGCACAAGUUUGCCAGAAAAUACCACAUCACUUUAACUGAUCUAAUUACUGAAGAGACUACUCAUGUCAUUAUGAAAACAGAUGCUGAGUUUGUAUGUGAACGGACACUGAAGUAUUUUCUGGGAAUUGCAGGAGGAAAAUGGGUAGUUAGCUAUUUCUGGGUGACCCAGUCUAUUAAAGAAAGAAAAAUUCUAGAUGAGCAUGAUUUUGAAGUCAGAGGAGAUGUUAUCAAUGGAAGGAACCACCAAGGUCCAAAGCGAGCAAGAGAAUCCCAGGACAGAAAGAUCUUCAAGGGCCUAGAAAUCUGUUGCUAUGGGCCCUUUACCAAUAUGGCCACAGAUCAACUAGAAUGGAUGGUGCAGCUUUGUGGGGCUUCUGUGGUAAAGGAACCUUCAUCAUUCACCCUCGGCAAGGGUACUCACCCUAUUGUGGUCAUGCAGCCGGAUGCCUGGACAGAUGACAGUAGCUUCCAUGUGAUUGGGCAGAUGUGUGAGGUGCCGGUGGUGACCCGAGAGUGGGUAUUGGACAGCGUAGCCCUCUACCAGUGCCAGGAGCUGGACACCUACCUGGUACUCCAGAUCCCCGGAGCUGCUGCUGAUUCCUGCCAACCAUGUGUAGAGCCUGUCUCCACAGGACCCCAAGAAUAAGCUUAAAAAAUGGCCUUUUUCCAUGUCCUGGUAGCUCCUCUUUAGUCCUUCCACUAUCCCGGUUACUAAAUAUUUUAUGUACAUCAGCCUGAAAACUACUUCUGGUUGUGUAAGGGUCCCUCAAAGAUUUUUUGCUUCAAGUCUCCCUUUGAAAUCUGCCAUGAGCACAAAAUUGUGGUAAUUUUUCACCUGAAAAGAAUUUUAAAUGCCACCAGUUGAGCAAGAUACUGAUUCAUUAUUUAUCAGCCCUAUUUAUUAUACUGGGGCUGUCAGCUUAGAGCUGGUGGCACAGAGUAGCUGGGCUCAGGAGAAUAGAUGGUUUCCCUGAAUUUGUUUCUCUAAAACCCGGUGUUCAUAAAGGCCAAGAGUCAAACCCUUAAAUGGAAGGUGAGUACUUAGGGAUCUGUGAUGCAACUUAAAAUCAGAACAGUCCUUGGAGAGCUCUCAAAUGUUGGAGUGGAGCAUUGGGAAGGGAAUUCAGAGGCAGGUAAUAGAUAUAAAUCUGAAAAUUGAGGGUUAAUUAGAGGAGUGUCAUGCUAUCCCUGAUCUCCAAAAGUCUGGGCAAGAAUUGGUAUCCAAAGAGAGUCUUCUGAUUCCGUUGGUAAUAAAUAAAAUGUUUAUUGUUGUAGAUCUGAUAUGUAACCCAUUCCUCUUGAAAUAUAAUAUCUCUGAUAUGAAUAUUUCAUGUCUAUAAAAUGACGGAUCCCACCAGGAAAGGAGCUGUUGCUUUCCUUGAGGUAAUUUUUUUCCUUUUGCUCUCUAUUGUUGAACUGUACAGCUUCAUAAAUAAUUUUGUUUGCUGGAGGAAGAGAAAGUGUUUUUCAUAAACUCAUUACCUGGGACUGUUUAUAGCUUCUGGAAAGACUAUGUCUUCCUUAGCCCCUAGUGUGUGAGGGCAGUGCAGACUUGAUUGUACAAAAUAUGUCUUGUAAAUGCACUAUUCACCUGCAAAUAAACUUGGUAGCAAACACUUCCA